AUUUCCUGUCUGUUGUAGUAUCAUUUUCAGUUUGUUUAUUUUGUUCACCCUCCAAGAUAAGAAGAGAAGUAGAGUUUCUGUAGUAUCCAAUGCUAUAAAAACACUGAAGACUGCUUGUUGAAAAAACACAAAAAAACACAUCCCCACUUCCAGAAGCAACUGAACCGCUUAAGAAUCGUAUCCACCAGAUACAUAUUUCAGGAGCAAGAUCUGACAAACUGGAACUUUUUUACUUCUACCCUACCUAGCUACAUGGUCCACUUUUCUUCACCGCUCUACGUACAGAUGGAUUGACAGAAUUUCCAAAGGAUUCCUCACCCCACAGGAGCCAGGAGCCAAGCUGAGAGAGACUGGCUGAACCAAAGACUUCUGAAGGGGGAAAAAAAGCCACAACACAUCUUUCCUGAAAGUCCACUGAUGGCCAUGGACCUACGUGAUCAACUGGAGAGCUUGGAGACAACCUGGAGUCGGGAGAGGAAGGAAUUACUGGACCGCUUUGACAGCGAGAGGGAAGAGUGGGAAAGUCAGUGGAAAGUCAUGCAGAAGAAAAUAGAAGAGCUGUACCAGGAAGUCAAGAUCAGGAGAGAAAACCACAUGAAUGAGCAGAAGAGGAUCAAGGGAAGCAAGGUGCUGCAGAUUUCUCCUCCUCCGUCCGAUUCUGGAAUCGUUGCCUCGAUGGAACCGAAACCCAAAUUUGGUGAGGCCAGCGACGGGAAGAAGGAAGGUUUUCCCUUGCAGGAAGGAACCCCUCUCAUCCACAAGCAACAGCAGGACGGAUUUAUGGACAAGCCAGGAGACAAAGGCCAAUGGGAUUGUGUGGCCUGGUCUGCCCUGAAGACUUCUGAGACAGAUCCCUGGAGCAGCACCGGAGCCCUCAAUGUAGCUCUUGAGGAACUUGCCAGAGUGAGUGAGGAAUUAUGCAGCUUUCAAGAGGAAAUUCGAAAGAAGUCGAGCCACAGACGGAUGAUGCCAACCCCCAGUCUGGCGGCAGGAACUGCUACCAAGGCUCAGGGGAACCCUGAAGCCAGCGUCAACUCUCAGACGUUACUGAUCUGCCCGAAUGCUGAAAACCAGAAACAGAGCGCGGAGCCAGCUUAUGCCUACUUGCCCUGUGCCACCCCGCAUCAGGUGAAAGGUGGAUCAGGUGCCCUUCCUGGGCAAGAACACGACCCUCCACCAGCACCCCCUCCGAGGAGCACAUCCCGAAAUCUGGCAGGGAUCCACUCUGAAAGUCUCCGGACCGCUGGAGGCCCAAAGAGAAACGCAGGUGGCGGCGGCAGCAGCAGCAACAACAGUGAGACCCAGGAGGCCUGGAGUGGACAGAAGGUCCAUAAUCGUUUUCUGGCUACAUGGCAAGAACCCUGUCUAAAUAAAGGGGACAUUCGGAAAGAUGCUACUCACACCCUUCCCUUGCCUGUAGCAAAAAUAGUCGGCCAAACCAAGUGCAGUGAUGGCAUCAGGCAUAGCCUAGGGCCACGUGGCGUCCACACAAUUGGGGAAGAUGUAAACCCCAGAUUGCUUUCCCAUAGGUGGUGUCAGGAAAGCUGCUCAGAUGCGAAACUACCACCCUCUGAACAGGUGAUCCUGGGUCCUACCACUCCAUCCUGUUGGGGCAGGCACUUCGGAGACGCCUUGAGCCACCCUGGGCCCCUGGGUGACCCUGUCGGCUCUGACUGCCAUUUUGAGAGGCCCUCACGCAAUGAAAAGUUGGCUGAGAAGACAGAUGAGUUCAACAGGACCGUGUUUCGGACAGACAGGUGCUCCAGUUCCGGGCAGCAAGCUCAAAGGUUCAUGAAAUCUCCCGGAGAUGCCAAACCUGGCGGCACAUCUGGUGUCUGGACCAUUGACAGUGAGGAAGCGGAUCCCGGCUAUGGAAGUUCCAGUCUGGACCCCGUGGAGAACGGACCCCAUCAGCCCCUCAAAUCCCCUCCCCCAUCGGGUCCAGCAAAGCAAGGCCGGGAGCGGUCGGGAGCCUGUGGCCUAUGGCCGAGGCCUCCGGGAAGCGACUGGAGGCCGAGCGAUCUGUGCGACCGCCCGCGAUCUGCCGACCCCAGGUCUAACUACGGCGUCGUGGAAAAGCUGCUGAAAAGCUACGAGCCGUCGGCGGGGGUUGCCUGGUGCCAGGCUCCGGGCUGCCCGGAGAAGUGGGUGAGGCCUGGCCCUGGAUCACCAGGGGGAGGUCUGGGCGCUUGGAGCCAGGUUCUAGAAAGGCCCCAGCGACAACCUGAAAGGGGAGAGGACCUGUGGAAGGAGCCUGUCAAGCAUGCUGGGCUGCUCUCCAGGCAAGGGCUAGACAGGAAAAAGCCAUCAGAGGAUUCCGGAGCAGUGAAAUCUACCAGUGGGAAAGGGUUUUCCCGGCCCGCCAGGCCAGCCAACCGUCGCUUACCAUCCCGAUGGGCGUCCAGAUCCUUCUCUGUGCCCCCCGUCUCCUCCAGGCCCACGAUCAGCUAUUCUGCCUCCCUGAAGCUGGAGGCGUCGCGAGACUGAGUCCCCAGGCAGGUCGACCAGGUGCCCAUCAAGACCAUCCCAAGCCUCAUCUCCUAACGGAGCAUUCUCUAGCUCCGUCCCCGACGGCUCCUAACGGAUAACACCCAAGGCCAUCAAUCUCAUUUCUUGAUAUGCCAGACAAACUAUUCGAAUCUUAACUUUCCAUCAGUCUUCAGUGUUUUUUCAAUUGAUGGAAUCAACAUCUUCCCGUAUUUUUGACUUGAAUCUUCUUUCCAUCAAAUGCCAUUCUCACCGAUUUGUCCCUGUUUUUCUUCUUUUAGUUGAAACAGUGUACAAUUUUGUAUAUUCUAACUUUCCUGCAAGCAGCAGAGAGAAAGGCUGUAUGCAUGACCAUGUGUUUGUAGGUGCAUGUGUUCCAUCAGGAAGUAUCCUGGGAUGUAUUUAGACAAGACAAACUUAUGUGCUAGUGUGGACGUUGAAAUUACACCAUGUAUACGUAUCGAUUCUCUGUGUUUAUUUUACAAUUUGAAAAUAGACCAUACUGACGUUUCUAUUUUGAAAUGUCCUUUCCAGGGGUGCCCAGCUAUGCUGUUUGGGUUUCAGAUCAAUCAGUGAUAUUUACUGAGCGUUUACUAUGUGCAGAGUGCUGUACUAAUUCUAACUAACUUCAUUGGUUAACUCUUAAGAUCUAUCCUAGGUAAAUGCACACUCAGUGAUGCCUGUUUACUUGUUUUUAUGUCUGUCUCCCCCUUUCUAGACUGUAAGCCCCCUGUGGGCAGGGAUUGUCUCUCUUUAUUGCUGAAUUGUACUUUCCAAGCACUUGGUACAGUGCUCUGCACAAAGUAAACACUCAAUAAAUAUGAUUGAAU